ACAAUUCAUCACUUUUCAACAUUAGGAUUUUGACAAAAGAUUGGGAUUUUGAUAAAAGAGUUUUCUUAAAAAAAGAGUUUUCUUAAAAUUUGAUAAUAAACAUACAGACAAGAUCAAAUUUUGAAAAAAAAAGGUUUGUCAAGAAAGCUCAAAGCUGAAUGUGCAGGCCUUAAGACUUUCAGUUUUGACUUGGGACUUAACUCAGGAAUUGAGAGCAAAGAUUUGAGAGAGAGAGAAACUUUCUUUUGACUUGUAUAACAAUGACUUGAUCCUACUCUGGUUUUUAAUUUUACUGUUUACAUAAAGGGUGAACAACAUACUAAAGAUUAAAAUGACACCUAAAGGACACCUCAGAAAAUAAUAACAAAACCAAGAGAUGUUUGAAGAGCACUGAUGUAUAAUUAUGACAUGCAGGUUCUGACUAGUGAGCACGAGAGAGAGAGAAAGAGUAAUAGAGAGAGAGAGAGGGAGAGGAGAGAAGAGAGAGAGAGAGAGAGAGAGAGAGAGAGAAACAGUGCAAGAGUGGGAGAGAGAGCGAGACUGUUACAACAUCUGAUAUUUGGCUGAGGAGUACAGAGAGGAGGAGGCAGAGGAGGUGUGAUCUUCCGCAUUAGUACCUGUUGCUUUUGGGAAUCUGUCAGUUUAAAGCUAUGGCGAUGUGUGUGCGUGUAUGGGUGUGUGUGUAUGAGUGUGUAAAGGAGAAGUACUAAAAGCAGAGAAGUGUGAGCGUGACCUGCUGAAAACUAUUGACUCAUCUUCAUGUUGAAACCUUGGCCUCCAAGUGAGAGAAAAAGAGGAAAUGAGUUUGACUGCUGCGGUGACUUGGUUACUUUAGCAUCGCUGGGGGAGAAAAGAACAAGUAAAGAUUCAUGACUCCUGAUUCAGGCAAGAUGAGAGACCGACUGCUGGAGCUGCAGACGUUCAUCCCCAACUCUUCAGUAGAAGAGGAUGAGGAGGAGCUCAGGUGUGAGGAGAAUCCUGAGGAUGAGGAACAACUGGAGCAGCAAGCUAUCAUAUUUGAGGGAGAAGACCUGAUAGAGAGCAUCUACAGGGAAACGCAGGUGAUGAGGAAGGAGAUUCAGUUGCUCAGGCAGGACGUGAAGCGCCUGGGGAAGCAGAACAGCAGGUUUCUCACGUCCGUCAGGAGGAUCAGCAGCAUCAAGCGAGACUCCAACGCUCUAGGAAAACACAUCAAAGCCAGAGGGGAUUCUCUAUACGCCCGGCUAGAGCAGAUGGGGAAGCUUUGUAAGCACCUGGAUGAGGAGCAGGGGCCCUCAUCGGCUACAGCCCGCAUGGUGCGUUCACAAUAUAUAUCUCUGACCAGCACCUUCCACAAUGCCAUAUGUGAGUACAAUGAAGCAGAGAUGGCCCAGAGGGAGAACUGCAAAACACGCAUACAAAGGCAAGCAGAGAUCAUGGGCAAAGAGGUGACCAUGGAGCAGAUAGACGAGAUGAUUGAGACGGGCAAGUGGAACGUCUUCUCAGAUAAUCUUCUCUUGGAAGGAAAGACUGCCAGGUCGGCUCUGAAUGAGAUCGAGAACCGACACAAGGAGCUUCUAGAGUUGGAGGGUCGCAUCAGAGACAUUCAUGACCUUUUCUCCCAGAUGGCUAUGCUGGUGGAGGAGCAGGGUGACAUGCUGAACAACAUUGAAGCAAACGUCAACGCCACCGAGGAUUAUGUCAUGAAAGCUUCAGACGAGGUCAAGAAGGCUGUGCGAUACAAGAAGAACAAUCCGUGCAAGAAACUCUUCUGCUGGUGCUUCCCUUGCUGUAACUGACUGAGGACCAAAACACAGGUCAAUGAUGAGAAAGCUCCUUUAACUGUCAUAAAAUGAGAAGUUAUUUUUUAAUCUUUGGGAUUAUGUU